AUGGGAAAGGAAGAGUUGGAAACGAUCUCCGAGGAUCUGCAGCCAAAGAUCUUCCAGGAGAAUGACACGGUGGUUGAAGCGGGACAGCCUCUUCACUCGAUGCUCUUUAUUAUAUCAGGCACUAUGCAAGCGUACGUACCAAUUAGGGAUGCUCCAAGAGAGGCAGCAAGAACCAAAACUUUUGAGAAAGGUAUGUUUUUUGGAGAACAACUUCUGGAUUGGGCAGUGAAAACCAAAACUUUUGAUGACCAACCUCCUUCGGACAAAACUGUCCGAUGCUCCACGAAAGUAGAAGCCUUUGCUCUCACAGUUGAUGACUUGAAAACCUUGGUAAAGACUGGCAAAUUAAAGAUGCGUGGUGAAGUUUAG